ACACCUACAGAAAAUCUGAGUGAAGGCCAUUUUACUUUUUUUCCCCUUCUUCAGUUUCUGUAGAGACGUUUUACUGAUAUUGCAUGUAAUACUUGGCAUAAGAUAGCAUUCAUUAUUUUAAGACUGUUCUCAGUUUUGUGAAACGGAAUGCUUACCGGCAUACAGAUCUCUCUCGUCUCUGUAGCAGGAGCUGGGCUGCUAGUUUGGAUCUUGUGGUCAAACUGCAAUAAUUAGAAUUGUGUCAAGCAGAGCCAAAGUAUAUGUAAUUCAUCAAAACUACUUACGUUAUUAUACAAUAAGAAUAGGCAUAGUUCCAUAUACAGCUCAGGCAGUGGCUGGGCUUUAAUGAUCACUGGAACCUAGUCGUCUUUUUCUCUCCUGGGAUGUGCAAAUUGCAUAGCUUUCCCCAAAACGUUAGAGCUAUAUGAAGGUCAUUCAUGCAAAGCAGAUCCCAGCUCUGAUGGAGCUGUGUUGGUUAUAAAGAUGACGUAACAGCGGAGGUGACCAUGUGAUGAUACCUCUGUCAUUUCCUCUACUCUCCACAUCAACCAUGCAGCUGUUUUCUAUGAAAAUAGUGCUAGACCGAGGAUGUCAUUGCAAUUUGGGAGACUUAGGGUAUGUGCAAACUAUUAAAUUAUAUUUCUAUUCUCAAUUUCUAUGCAGAUAAUGCAGCACUACAAGGUGAGUUUAUGAUACAGUAAUUGCCUGUUCCCGCAGAUUGUAAAAUUAGCUAGCAGCAUGAAAAAGGACAUGUGCCUUAACUCCAAAAAAGGCACUAUAUAUUUUCAUCUUAAAAUUUUCUAUUAUUUUUGCCCUUGCUUUUCUUUUUUUUAAAGGAGAAAAUCAGGCCUUUUCAAAUUUGCAGCAUGAGUCACUUUCUUUAGAAAGUAGGGCUUUAUGCAUUACAAAGGCAAGUCUAACUCCUUUCCUUGCCUGUUCCCAUGGUAACUCUUCCAGCCGGUGCCCCUGUGAAGACUGCAUUCCAAGUUACACCAAACCCUUCAAAUGCUGAACUACUCCGCAGUAACAAAGAAUAUUUUAAAAGUUUGUGAAACUCUUGAAAGCACAGCAAAGUACUAACACUUGCAAAAUGUGAAGCCUUCCAAGACUCCCUUUUAUUCAAGGCUAUUUGAUGUUAGUCCGUAGGAGCUGUUGCAGGAUUUAGCUGUGAUGAUCUCUCACUGCUGUGGUGGCUGUGAACAUCACUCAGCUUCUUUGUAAAGGAGACAGAAUGUGAGAGUGACCUUGUGGGAUUUUUCCAGGCAGUGAUGUUGCUGUAGAAACAAUGGCAGACUAUUCAGCGCUCACCACAGAUGCCGCAGACUUCUCACAAAGAGCAACAGCAGAAUAGCCCAUAACAUAUUCCAGUUUUCAUUUGUUCAGGGCCAGGCUAGGGGAAACCAUCUUGGCAAGCCAGAAUAUUCUCAUGAAAGAAAAAAACACCAAGAAGCAAAAAUCCAGUGGCUGGCAACUAGCACCAACAUUCUCCACGUGGCUCUGUAGCUGCGAGAAAUGGCUAUGGAAGAUCCUGACAAGAAGACUGAAGUAGUACUGCUGGCCUGUGGGUCCUUCAAUCCCAUUACCAACAUGCAUCUGAGGCUAUUUGAGCUGGCUAAAGACUACUUUCAUGAAACAGGAAAAUACAAAGUAAUCAAAGGAAUAAUUUCACCAGUAGGUGAUGCAUAUAAGAAGAAAGGUCUGAUCAGUGCGAAUCACCGAGUAACUAUGGCAAAACUAGCUACAAAAAACUCGGAUUGGGUGGAAGUUGAUGAUUGGGAAAGCAGCCAGAGUGAGUGGUUGGAAACACUAAAAGUUUUAAGGUACCAUCAUCAAAAGCUUUUCUCUCCUGAUCCCACUAAUAGUCUGCAGAAUGCUAUACCUUUAACAAAGCCAGGACGGAAGAGGAAACAGGAACCAAAUAGGCAUGACCCCGUUAAAAAGAAAAAUCAGAGUCCAGAUAUAAAAAGUGUCCCCCAGGUUAAACUGCUUUGUGGAAGUGACAUGCUGGAAUCUUUUGGGAUCCCCAAUCUGUGGAAGUUGGAGGACAUCACUGAGAUUGUGGAAAAUCAUGGCCUUGUAUGCAUCAGUAGGGCUGGAAACAGCGUUCAGAAAUUCAUCUAUGAAUCUGAUAUUUUGUGGAGACAUAGGAAUAACAUUCACCUUGUGGAAGAAUGGAUCACAAAUGACAUUUCCUCCACCAAGAUUAGGAGAGCACUGCGGAGGGGCCAGAGCAUUCGUUACCUAGUGCCUGAUGUAGUUCAAGCAUACAUAGAAAAAAAUAAUCUGUAUAGUCCAGAGAGCGAGGACAGGAAUGCUGGGGUUGUCUUGGCUCCCUUACAGAAAUAUGAAAGUGAUUCUAAGAACUAACAGGCACUAUACAACUCACUUACUUUCUGCUGUGAAAAAAAGCUACUGUUCAGUACAGGAAAGUGUAGGGUUUGGGGUUUUUUUCGUUUUGUUUUUUUUUUUUUUUUUACGUAAAUAGCGGGGUAAUUCUGUGGUUUCAGUACAUAUGUAGUUGCUGUUAAGGUCUGGUGGACCUACACAAUCUUUUGUAAAUCCAACAAUAAGAUUUUCACAUUUAAACAUUUUGUCACAGUGUAGUGAACUAAGUAUGCACUAAGUAUGAACUAAGUAUGCACUAAGUUCACACUUGCAUAUGAGAAUUACAAAUUAACAAACAAAACAAAUGAAAAUGUGAUUAGUUUCAACUCAGACUGCUCUGACUGCUUUUUAUAAAAUACUAACAACACCAAUAUUUUUAAUAACUUACAGUGUCUUAACAAAGCCAUUUAAUUUCAAAAUGUACCGCUUACUGAUAGUAAGUCCAUUUAACUAAUAUUUUUUUCAAAAUUGCCAACAUGUGGUGCACCUCAAAGAAAUGAUUUAGCUCUAUCCCCAAAGGAUAAUUUACUGCUGGCUUUAGUGGUGCUAGAUAUGCCAUGUUUUGAGUUGCCUGCCUUUCAGAUAUGCAGCCUGUUUGUCUGCCAUCAUGCAAUUUUCUCCCAGAAAUGCCUUGUGCUUUACUUUUCCAUUCAUGUUUCCAGAGCUGUACGUUAAGCUCAGCACCAUUUCUCAUGGAAGGACAGACCUACUUCAGAAACUGGUUUAUAGCCAUUGAUUUGAUGGAUAAAAAUUAGUAACAGUGUCAUUGCACUGAUUCUCAGACAGUCGUCCCUUUAUUUCAAAUAAUAAAUGAGCUUUUACUUUUGAGCCAAAUGUAUAUAGCCAGAAUUGUUUUCUGUAACUGGAGGUGAGAAGAAAUGGUAGGAUAUUAAGACUGUAUAUAAAUGAAAUGUUUUUCUUUGCUAGAAAUCUGGUUUUGAAUCUAACAGUAUAUUGCCUGUAUUAUGUGAAUAUAAACUAGAGAGGCACUGUGAAUGUCAUGGUGAUAGAAUUCUACCUCCCUUUAUUUGCAGUCAUCCCAUUUUUGUUUGGAUUAUGUGCCUUAUAAAUGUCAAGGUUUCCAAGAUGCUACUUAACAGCUUUUUCAUACAGUCUCCGUGAGAUGACUCUGUUCACAUUUUUCAGAUCAACAAAUCCAGCAGAAUGUGAGACUCUCAGGGCAGGAAGCCUAGAUAUUCUUGGGCAAGUCUAGAACCAGGGACAUGUUCCAGGAUCAUAACUGUGACAACCUGUCAUCCUUCCCUGGACAGGGGAUCCCCAAAGAGCUGAGGCAGAGGUGUAGGCUUCCCUAGGAGCUUCAUGGGAAGUCUGGAAGCCAGAAGUGAAACACAGAACAUCACGUGUGACCCUAGGGCCUGCAAGGAUCAUAUGAAACCCAGCAGGGGAGUCAAGGCACUAUCAGGAAAACCUGUAACCUGCAGUGGAGCCAGCAUUGGGUGUGCAAACUUGGAGCCCCACAUGAGUUCUGCAGUUACCAUACACUAGAACAUCGGUGUUCUACUAGCUCCAGCCUGUAAAGGUGGCCAUCUAUAGAGAAUCUACAAGGAGAUUAGCGUAAUAAAAUCAAGUCACAACUCAGAAGUGCAGUAACAGCACUGUGACAGAAAGUGGCAUCAAGGAUUCUUAGGUUUUUUUCUCGGUGAUUCCUGCAUCAAAUGUGUUCAGUCUCCCAUUUUUUCCCCUAGAGUUCAGGCAAGCUUACACUGUCCUUUGGUAAUGAGGCUGAGUUCAUUUAUCAUCAAUUGUAAUAAACAUACUGAAGGAUAUAUUAUGCCCCCCGUGACACCUUAGCAAUCAAACUGCCAUAACUGAUUGAAGGUAACUAUAUUAUUGAUGGCGCGUAGGAAAGGACAAGAUCUUCUUUUCUCUUUUGCUUGCUGUCUGUAUUCAUGACUGCCAAGAAUAGAAGGGAAGAUUUAUUUUCAGCACUCAAGUCAACCAGUGUGCUUCUGAAUAAACAAAGAUUUUUCUAAUGGGAAAGCACGCUAUUUAUUGUGGUCACUUUUCAGAGUAAAACUGCACUUUAAGUCUAGGUUUAUUCUUCUAAGUAAUGAUGCUGGUGUGUGUUGGUGCACUUUGUGUAAUUCUAGAGAAACUGCAAAUUCAGUAGGAUGUUUUAUAAAGCUUUGGUCUUCAAACAGUUAUAUUUUACUGGGUUUUAAUGUAGUUAUGUGUGAUGGGUCUUUCAAUAAAAUAAAUUGCAUGUAAUAUGCUAAUUUUAGUCAUCCUGUCAUUAACCAAAUCUGAAGUCUGAUGACUGCAUGAUUUUUAAGUAGUUAGAAUGAUGUCAGUACAGUUUUGUCUAUACAAAACAAAACAUUGUUCAAAAAUUACACUGACUGCUGAAUAAGGAUCUUUUGUUUUACUAGUGGGAUCCAGAAACCUGCCUGUUAACAACACUAGAAUUAAGUGCAUACUGACAAUCUACUGUUCUAAUCAGUUACAAAUACCUGCAUCACAGUCAGUGAUGCAGCCUAUUCAAAAAUGUUAGACAGGUAAGACUUUCAGGAGUGGACUAGAUCUAAAAGAGAAUCUGUAUACUUGAAAUCAUAAGGUUUGUGACUAAUGCAGUGCACUGAACUUAUUUAUAAAAAGAGUUAUAAUGCAUUCACAGAUGUUCUACAAACAAAAAUGAGGCUUUUUUUACAUCACUGCAUUUGGUUCUGCUCUAUUAAGAGAACAUAAAGGCCCUUACACCACACGUAUAAUUUAGACUCAAAAUAGUUUAUAAAUACUACAACAGCAUCAGGAACCACUUUAUCUACUUCUACAAUGAGGCCACAUACUUGAUGGAAUGUGUUAGCUGCUCAAUGCUGCACACCAGUUAAGAUGGAAAUGGAAAAGAAUUCUUUCCACAAAAAGAAAAUUGGGAAUUUGUAAGGGAGAAAGAAAUGAACCAUCAUAGGAUGUGGCCAAGGCACUCAGCAGUUCUUACAAAAAGUUCCAUAGGCAGUUCUUCGGCUGAGCCUUGAAACAGUAACCCUAGUACCCUUUACAAAUCUUAAUUUGAGAUUAAGUACUGAUUUACAGAAAGAAGCAGCACAUCCCAGACAAUUGCAAAAUCUUGAUUUUCAAUUAAAAUGUUAUAUCUAGGCUUUUACACAGGACUUAACUAAGUA